ACAGUUGGAGAGCUCUGAGAUCAAGCUGUCAGGGGGCUUGGUUCCUUCUCAGUCCCUGUUGCUUGGUUUACAGAUGGCCGCCUUCUCUGGGUGUCUUCAUGUUGUCUCCUCCACAUAUGUCUGUGCUCACAUUUCCUCUUCCAGUGAGGGCACCAGUCCUAGUGAAUUAGGGCCCCCUUGAACAGCCUCAUUGUGAUGUAUUACCUCUUUAAGGACUCUGUCUUUAAAUGCACCCCCAUUAUGAAGUACUAACAAUUAGGCCUACAGCAUAAAGUUUUGGAGGGAUACAACACAGCCCCAAACACCAGGGGGAAAGUGGGCUGAGAUUCUUCUGGGUCAUCCAGCCACAUGUUUGGGAGCCUGGGGGUAGGAACGAUGCCCACAUGGUCCAGACACAGGUUCUAAAGGACGUUGCAGGGACUUCAGAGUCAGGAUCACACUGGGCUCUCUAAACCAGGUGGUGAGAGUUCACAUUUGUCUGAAGGGCACGGAGACACCAUCAGCUGUAUUUCCAAAGCUCACUCAGCGUGAAGAGAGGCAGCUGGAGGGAGUGAGAACUGCUAAGUAGCAGCUUGGCUUAAACAGAGAGCCAGCUGCUCCCUGGGAACAACUUCACCAACGAGUGCAACAUCCCAGGUAACUUCAUGUGCAGCAACGGGCGGUGCAUUCCGGGUGCCUGGCAGUGUGACGGGCUGCCUGACUGCUUCGACAAGAGUGACGAGAAGGAAUGCCCCAAAGCGAAGUCAAAAUGCGGCCCCACCUUCUUCCCCUGUGCCAGCGGCAUCCACUGCAUCAUCGGCCGCUUCCGAUGCAACGGCUUUGAAGACUGUCCGGAUGGCAGCGACGAGGAGAACUGCACAGCAAACCCACUGCUCUGCUCCACCGCCCGCUACCACUGCAGGAAUGGCCUGUGCAUCGACAAGAGCUUCAUCUGCGAUGGACAGAAUAACUGUCAAGACAACAGUGACGAGGAGAGCUGCGAGAGUUCCCUAGAGCCAGGCAGUGGGCAGGUGUUCGUGACCUCAGACAACCAGCUCGUGUACUACCCCAGUAUCACGUACGCCAUCAUCGGCAGCUCCGUCAUCUUCGUCCUGGUGGUGGCCCUGUUGGCCCUGGUCCUGCACCAUCAGCGCAAACGGAACAACCUCAUGACCCUGCCUGUGCACCGGCUACAGCAUCCUGUUCUGCUCUCUCGCCUGGUGGUCCUGGACCACCCCCACCACUGUAACGUCACCUACAACGUCAACAAUGGCGUUCAGUAUGUGGCCAGCCAGGCCGAACAAAACGCCUCAGAAGUAGGCUCUCCACCCUCCUACUCCGAGGCCCUGCUGGACCAAAGACCUGCGUGGUAUGACCUUCCUCCUCCACCCUACUCGUCCGACACCGAGUCUCUGAACCAGGCCGACCUGCCUCCUUAUCGCUCCCGCUCAGGUAGUGCCUACAGUGUCAGUGCGGGCUCCCAGGCGGCCAGCAGCCUCCUGAGUGUGGAAGACAGCAGCCACAGCCCAGAGCAGCCUGGCCCUCCAGAGGGCCCUGCUGAGCCCAGAGACUCCGUGCCCAGGGAGGGCACUGAAGAAGUAGAAAACUAAAGUGAUUCCAAAGUCCAUGUGGGUAGAUCUGCUCCACCUUGUUGAAUUCUAACAACAGCCUGUGCUCAUGAGACGCUCUUUGAGCUCCUUUUGAGGAUGUCUCAAGUUGAAGUUUGGGGUGCUGAUUGCUCUCCAUCACCAUCUCUUCCUCCAGAUUUCAGGGAUGUUCCUUGGGAUGACCUGGCACUCCUCUGUCCUCUUAGUUGACAUGAUGUCUUGUCAUCAUGUGUUCUGUGGGGUCGCUGUUCCUUCAGGGCCUACGAUUAUAGCCUCCUGCUUCAGAUGACUGUGCUACCGUUGGUCCAUCCAGUAGGUUUGUGACUGGGCAGGCAGCAGGAUGAAGCCAUAUGGAAGUGUCUUUGUCAAGGAUUUGGGGCCACGUUGCUCAUUCAGGUGAGAAGACACCAGACCAGGUCUCUUCUGGGCUGCCACCUUAUAGCUACAUUUGGAGACUUGGGUUGGAGGAUGCUGCCAGAAGGCCAUCAUCCCAGGGCACUCCAGAAGUGUCCAGGGGAACAUCAAAUCCCACCUUGUACUGUCCUGUUCAUCGUUCUUACUGCAGCAAAGGCCAAAGAAUAAUUCUGACAUGAACAACAGCUUUUGGCUCUCAGCACUCUCAUUUGGUUUUGUGACAGAUUCAGAAACAAUCUACCUGGCCUUAUAAAUUUGCCUAAGAAUCCUAAUUUGAGAGCCUUCUCUAGAAGUGUAGAUCCUCAGCAUCAUCCUUGAAAAAGUAGGAAAACCCUGCCACUGUUGAAAACCCUCAAUUCCUAAUGUGUAGGUUACCAGUGCCUGGGCCUGCCUUGACCUGAUGGUCCUUUUCCUGGCUUCUGGAUUGUCCCCUUCCAAGAUGACUUGGCAUAGCUAAGGACGAGGACCCAGGUUAAGUUGGCCCAAACUGUGAUCGAGCCCUUUGCCCCAUAAAACAGGCCCAGUCUGUCGUGCCCACACACGCAGCUUCAGGCCCCUAAGUUCCCCCAACACCUGGCAGUCUAUUUCCCAUGUGCAUUUGGACUUAAGGAUGCUCCUAGAAGUCCUAACUGACAUGAGAACCACAUUCAGUACCACCUGUGAGAACUCUCAGGUCACUGUACUGCACACACAGACCCAGGAACGGUGCAGCAAUUCAGGUUUAGGGUUAGAGUGAGGGUCAGGUCCAACCAAACAUCCCGGCAGUUUCUCCUAUGAGAGAAGUGGGCAAUAGAUAACUUGGAGUCAAGAUUUCCCAUUGGAUUUUUUAAAGUCUCUUAGAAAUGCAUUUGAAACGGUGUGUUUGUUUUUUUCCCUUCUAGUUAAGGGACUAUUUAUAUGUGUAUAGGAAAGUUAUCUGUUUGUUUUUGUUUUUGUUUCUCUUUUGGCGAGGUCCAAAGAAAGAUGCAAAAAAACAGUGCUGCCUUUCCCCAGCCCCAGCCCAUAAUGUCACCUCAGACUCACCUACAUGCCCAGCAUUUACAUUGGGGCAUCUGGAGUCACUAUUUAUCGAGUUCUUGAAAAAAUGCAGAGGGACAAGUCUCCCAACCAUUGUCUGUAUGUUUAAACUACCUUUCCUCUCUCUUGAUGCCUAGCCAGCCCUAGUGCAUGACACCACCACCCAUCCCCACCAACCAGGCAAUAAUGGGUAAACCAUACUAACCAGGGACAAAACUGGAACCAGGUGAUGCCACCUCAGGCAGCUGCCACCCAUUCAAAGCAUUUUUCCACAGCUGACGAAACUUUCAAUAACCUGUUCGAUGCUAAUUAAAAUGGAGCCUGCAGGAAGCAGGGAUGACGUGGCCUUCAAUGAUGCUGUUCCGUUGACUUUCCUUUUUAAAUAAAUCCAAACUAGACAGCUGGAAAGCUAGCCACAUGGGUUUUGUUUGUUUGUUUGUUUUUGUUUUGCUUAAAUAAGCCUAGCUGCUUGUAUCUUUCAUUUUUAAAAUAG